UAGGUAGGUAUUUUUAAAAUAAUUUUAAUUGUAUCUGACUGAGUGUUUACCUACAUAAUAAUGUUGGUAUUUAUGAAUAAACGUUGCAACCGUGUAUACACGUGGGAGUGUGUUGUCCAAUGGGAAUAAGGCGGGUCGAGCAUGCGCGGUCAGUCUUCGCAGUCCUCCUCAGCGGUUCUUGUACGAGCGAGUCCGACGGGAGUGGCCGCGCAGACACGUCGCGUCGCAGCCGUCCCACCGCCGCCAAACGCUCGGAGCCCCGCGGGCCCCACGCCGGCGCCGCAAGCCGCGUGGUGCCACUCGUGCGUUCCGACCUCAACGCGCACCAUCACGUCUCGCGCCGCCCGCGCCGCACGCACGCGCGGGUCAAACGCGAGGCAGAGUCGGAAGCCGGGGACGUGAUCGAUCUAGGCGCGCCGCGCUUGCUGCUGCGGCGGACGGCAGCCGACCCCCGGCAGCCAGGCCGGCCGCGCACCCGGCCACCCUACACGCCCAACCCACGUCUGUACCCGGGGCCCCGGCCCAAACCCAAGCCAAGGCCCAAGCGUGCAGAAGCUCGCGGAAACGAAGGCCGCGGCAGGCGCCGCAACCGCGUGUUCCGGCGACCAGUACCGAACGCGCGCUUGUACCGGCCCGCGCCCCCGCGCCCCCCUCCCCCGCCCGCCUGGCCGCGCGCUACUUGGCCGCCGCCUGUGCCUGGCGCGCGACUCGAAACCGCGUCCCGCGUCGCCUUGCGCUUCAGCGAGCAACGGCGCGGUUCCCGUGCUCCACAGCGGUCGCUGCGUGCAACGGUUCGGGCCGAGUGCCCGCCGGCCCGAGCCGCUCGGUCGCCGGCGCGCCGGCCUUCCCCGGUGGCGGCGCAGCCCUCAGCGGCCGGCUCGCUCUCGCAGCCCUCGCGGCGCCUGGUGGUGACUCUGCCGGCGCCGCCCAGCGGCUCCGUCUCGCCGCCGCCGCGCUACCGGCCCGCGAGCGAGCACUUCCGGCUGCGCUCGCAGAACACGGAGUCGGGCACGUCCACCCCGGUGGCGGGCCGGCGGAGUCUGAACUCUCCUCCGCUUCCCGCCGCGCCCGCCAUGGACACCGGGAAUAGACACUCCACCAGCCCGGAGGACUGUUCCGAUGGCAAUGAGACCUUGUCCGCGCCCAGCGAGUUCCUGGCGGAGUUCCUGUCGGCGAUCAUGCGGCGCCAGUACGCGGAGGCGCUGAAGUACUGCCGCCUGAUCCUGCAGUACGAGCCGCACAACGCCACGGCGCGCGGCUUCUACCCGCUGCUGCAGCACAAGCUGCGCGCGCAGCCCCCCGCGCGCCGCCCCCUCACGGCGCCGCCCGCGCCCGGCGCCAUGCAGGAAAUGAUGGAGCAAGGCGCGGACGACUCGGACGGCCCGGCGUCGGGCUCGGCGUCGCGCUCCUCGUCCCGCUCGCGCGGCUCCUGCGCCUCGCAGUCCUCGCUGGAGCUCGACUCGUCGGACGCGCUGGCGCACUCCUCCGCCAGCGCCUCGCUCAGCCGCCGCACGGAGCACUCGGACACUGAGUGUGUUGCAGGCGCGGCGGGCUGCUGGGAGAGCACGGGCUCGGAGGACGACAACGGCAACGCGGCGGCGGCCGGGGGCGCGGGCGCGGGGGCGCGCGCGGCCGACGUGCACAACGACAACGUGCCGCGCGCGGACUCGGCGGCGUCGCUGCGGCGCCUGCGCGCGCAGUUCACGUGCUCCAUCAAGUGAGCGGCGCGGCCGUGCGCCGGUCCCGGCGUUGUCUUGUAUUAUAUGCGUCCGUUUUUCGUGUAGAGUUUGCUUUAUUUGUUGUUAGACUGUAUCUCUCUGUAGGACCAAUGGUGGAGCAUAUCUCUCUUGUACGUAAUUGUCGUCAUGUACUCGGUGUCUAGUAUCGCCCAGUGCGGCUACGGCCCACUGAUUCACUGUAUGCGCCUGCAACAACCGACCACGACCGACUAGCGCCCAUCGACUGGCUACAGUAGGUAGUCAGUGUGAACUGUGUGGGAUGCAGGCUGAUAAUAUUGCAAUACACUAGCAAACUCUUAAUGGCGUAUGUAUACCUAAAUACACAUUCGUGAGAAUCACGACUUGAAUGGUGAGUUAAAAGUACCCAAAUAGUGCAUUCGCGCCUAAUAAUUACGUCGUGAUUCGCGAAUCCGCGUUGGAAGCGGUUUUUCGGUCGCAAUAAAGUAUGGAUAGUAGGUAUAGUUUGCGACUGCAUUUGUAACCUAAUAACGAGGAGAAUGGCGAGCACGAAUGUGUCAAUAUAGGUACGUCGCGCAACGUAUGUAGCAGCAGACUGACUUGGUUAGUGGUACUUACUCGAGUCUACAGCACAGGCCUGCACGAGUCAACGACCGCCGUCUGUAGGCAGUACCUGUCGUCUGAUCGAGCUGAGUGUAACGAGAAGACUGAAUGAAGUGUCCCGUGCAGUGCACCCCGACUGACGGUCCACAUACUCCUGCGUUUGCAGCAUGGCAACAUUUGGUCGAGGCGGGGCUGGGGUAAAUUCGCGCAUUGUGUAUUUCCUCUUUAUAUCAUGGUUAUAAAGAUAUAUGUGUCCACUUGAAUGGCAUGGAAUGUGACCAAUGUAUGACAAUAGACUCACCCCCUAUCACAUGGGACUUAUAACACAAAUAGUGAAAAGUGGGUGUACAUUGUGUAGCGGUAUUACGUGCCGUAAUGUGCACCUCUUGCCUACCCCUUCGGGGAUAAAAGGCGUAACGUUAUAUUAUAAUUGAAGAAUAUAUAUGCCUUUGUCGACUUGAAAAAAAAAAGUUAAUUUAAGAACAAUUUAGGUUAAAUGUGUGACAUAAUAAGAAAAUACACAAAAUGCGCCAACUUACCUCCGUCGUGACAAAAUGUUCCCACGGUGCGUGCCAGGUUUUAUAAUUAUUGAUACAUAAGCAUUAGUUUUGGGGAAAACAAAACAUAAACCAAUGUCAGGUACAGAACAUUUACUUCGAUCUGAUGUAAAUAUUAUUUAUAUACGUGUAAGUACAUACCAAGUAUUAUGAAUUGUACGGUUAGUAGGUAGGUACCUAUCUCAUCGGAAAAUGUAGUACCUGUAAACAAUCUGCCGCAUCAGUGAGGUUACUGGGCUCUUGUUGACAUGCUCUAACGUUCUCAAAAAGACACAAGAGUGCGAAGAAGUCAGCAGUUAGACUUGAGUUGGAAUGUUCAGUACUCGGAAGUGAGUGCAGUGGAGGUACUAAAUAGUAACUGUAACGGCACUAAUGGCAUCACAUGUGGACUCCAGACCUGCAAGUUGCAACCCUCGCGAGGCCUACGGCUAGCCGAGCCAUUACAUUACAUAUUAUGCAAUUUGCUAGUACCUACCGACGAACCCUGUUUACUAUGAAACAUUAGGUAAGUAGUUAGGUACCGAACGACUCAGUAAAGGUAUAUAUUAUUUUGUAUGUUGUACAUAAAUACGGGCAUACUGUUUAUACCUAGGGUACGCAGCACUGCGCGCCGUGCGGCCUCUGCCGGAACUAUUGGGAUGACUACUGUGGAAUGGUGGAAUUAAACAUGUAUACCUAUCUGUUUGUAAAGAAAUAUAUCUUGUUAAAAUUA